GUGUACGAACUCAGGAAACCUUGUGACGAGGGAUGGCAAGAAAGUGGUCAAUACUGUAUCAGAUUUGAGUAUGUUGAACCGCAAUCAUUCGGAGCUGCUCAAUCUUUCUGCUCCUCCUUCGGAGCUUAUUUGGUGGAUGAUCUGAAUGCUCCUCAGCACGCAUUCUUAAGAAAGCAAGCAAAGAACUUCAACUUCUGGCUAGGAUUAUACAAUAAUGGAACCGAAUAUCUGUGGGACAGGGGACGCAACCCAGCACAGCCGUUCAACCAAACAGCACAAUAUUGGAAUCCAGAUGGUCAGAUGCCAGCUUAUAACGCCUCAUCAGCUUGCGUAUACUAUGAUUCUACUGUGGAUGGCGAUAACACAUGGAGAGUGGAUAAUUGUCACACUUAUCGUCCUUUCAUUUGCCAACGUCAUAGAUACGAUCCAGAAUACGAAUUUUAA